CUCAGGUUGAUAUUGAGUCAGUCAUGAGCAAAGAGAUAAGAUUAAUACCCUUACUGGUCGCCUCAGAUCAAAUUGGGUACUCGGCGUCUACGAGAGCGAGCGAGAGUGGGUGGAAUUCGUGGAUUGGUUCGUGUGGAGUUCAGUAGAUUAAAGUUGCUGCUGAGGUGGAUAAAUAGAUUUGGAUAGUGGCGAUCUUAGAAUAUCUCGAGUGGAAAGGAAAACAGCCGGCUAAUCACGUGGUACUGGUAUUUUUCAAGACUGAGUGUGCGAAACAUGAAGACGAUUCUGUUGGCCAUCGUGGCCGUUCUGGUGGCCACGGGUGACGGUGCUCCCAGACAGAUCCAGGAAUUGAAGGAUUUCCCGCUGAACGAAGUCGUUCCAAACACGUUCAGUCAACGAGGGUUCAACGGCAGUUGGUUGUCGGACAAGGAAUUCAUCUAUCGCAAUACGAACGGUGACUACAUCAAGUACAACGUCGAGAGCCAGACGGAAACUGUAGUGUUGGAGGCUAGCCGUUUGGAACAAUGGAGAGGGGCUUCUGUGACGUUUAUCAAGCCAGAUGUGGACAAGGUGUUGAUUCGGUACGCCUCGAGAACAGUCUUCAGACAUUCAACGCUCUCCAAAUUUGUCGUAUUGGAUAUUAACUCUGGAAAUACCUACGAUGUGGCCAAUGCUGAAGAUAUAUCUGUAUGUACCGUGUCUCCGAAUGGACAAUCCUUGGCGUACGUGAAGGAUAACAAUGUCUACUAUCGUGCAGUGAUUCUGAGCACUUCAGAGAUUUCCUUGACUACGGAUGGUGUUCCCGGAGUUAUUUACAAUGGAGCUCCGGAUUGGGUUUACGAAGAGGAAGUUUUCGGGACGGACUCCACGCUGUGGUUCUCGGCCGAUGGAAGUCACCUGGCCAUGGCUAGCUUCGACGAUACCGAUGUGAAGGAGUUCUCGUACCACAUGUACGGUGAUCCCCAUGAUCCCGAGUUCCAAUAUCCGGAAGAAUACAAACUACGUUACCCCAAGGUCAAUACUACCAACCCCACGGUCCACCUUAGAGUCAUGAACCUGGCGGAUACAACCAAGUGGCAUGAACUUCCUGCGCCAGAGAUAACCGUUUCCGCUGAUCAUAUUCUCGGUACAGUCAAUUGGAUCGGUAACGAUCUGGGUGCAAUCUGGAUGAACCGUAGACAAAACAUUGCGACCUAUCAGCGCUGCAACGUAGAAACACAAGUCUGCAGACAGAUGGUCGCCGUCAACGAACAAAACGGAUGGUACGUUCUGUAUACUCCACGCUGCACUAAGAGCGGAGAUCGCUGCUUCUUCCUGGGUAAUGCCAAUGGUUGGCAACGAAUCUGGGACUUGAACGGAGAGGACACCAUUACCUACAAGUCUCCAGAGAAAUACACGGUAACCAGUAUCAACGGCUACGAUGAAUCCAAGGACAACCUCUACUACACCGCAGUUCCAGCCAGCGCUCCGCAAACGCGACACGUCUACCGCAACGGAGACUGUCUAACGUGUAGUCUCAAGGACAAGUUCAGUAACAACGCCCCCUGCAACUACGCUAGCAUUUCGUUCAGCACUGACUUCUCGUACUUUGCGGCUACCUGCUCAGGCCCUACCCCAUCCUACACCCAAAUCUAUCGAACCGAAGGUCAACAGUUGAUCGCCGACUGGGAAACCAACGAACAACUACGCACCAAAUUGGCCCCCUACAAGGAAACCCAGGUUCGCUUCCUCAAGUUCCCGGUUCACGGAGGCUUCGAAGCAUCCGUUCGCCUAUACCUGCCACCAGAGAUCGACUUCGAAAACCCAGCCAACAACAAAGAAACCUACCCGAUGAUCGUCCAGGUGUACGGUGGACCAAACUCCGCUCGGGUCAUCGACACCUUCACCGUUGGAUUCGGAAACUACCUGACCACGACCAAGAAGACCAUCUACUGUCAGAUCGAUGGACGUGGCAGUGCCAACCAGGGCUACGACUUCCUGUUCUCGGUCAACAAUCGGCUGGGAACGGUCGAGGUCGAGGACCAGAUCGCUGUGACCCUACAGCUCCAAGAGACGUAUAGUUUCAUCGAUCGGGACCGGACCGGCAUCUGGGGCUGGAGCUACGGAGGCUAUGUGACGUCGAUGGCCCUGGAGAAGGACAACGGCAGCGUGUUCAAGUGCGGCAUCUCGGUUGCUCCCGUCACCUCGUGGAUGUUUUAUGAUUCGAUCUACACGGAACGGUACAUGGGACUGCCGCAGCUUCAGGACAACGAGGCAGGAUACGAAAUGGCCGAUGUGAGUCGCUAUGUGGCCGGAAUGAAGAACCACAUGUUCCUGCUGAUCCACGGCAAUGCCGAUGACAAUGUGCACUACCAGAACUCGAUGGUUUUUGUGCGGGCCUUGGUGGAUGAGGAUGUUGAGUUCGAGCAGAUGUCGUAUCCGGACGAAGACCAUGGACUUGGAGGCGUUACGCAACAUUUGUACCACACGAUGGACAACUUCUGGAAUCAGUGUUUUGCAUAAGCUAAAAUUGUUGUUUUUAUUGCUUUUGAACAUAAAUAAAACUGUUAAACAA